AAGGAAAAAAUAAGUUUUUGAUGAGCUGAUUUACUGAGAAAGAGGAUGCUUGCUGCGUUGGCUCAAGGAUGUGUUGUUUGCGGGGUGUGUGUGUGUGUGUGUGCGCGCUUGAUUAAGAAUUUAUUACCAUUAAUUAAGUCCAAUAAGUCGACCUGUCACUAGUGACGGAGAUUUUUCCCGCAGAAAUGGCAAAGCGUCAACAAUUCGAAUCUGCUACAAUCAGAUAAUCCUACAAAUGAGUAUGAUACGUCAUGAAACGUUGAUUUCAAACUGUGUAAUAAUUACAAACUCCCAUUUUAGGUCUACAUGAUGAACAGAACGGAUUGCUUUUUGAUAAAAAAAGGGCAAAUUUGAAUGAUUUUUUGGAGCUCCAACGAGCUCAGAGAACGUUCUCAGUUGAAUCCUGCCAAAUGAUGCGAAUCAAAUCGGCCCACAUGAUGGCCAAAAUGAUCAACACCUAUCGGCAUUUACUCCAGAAACAUUUGGCGAAUGGCCAGUCCGUUGAAUGGAUGGCCAAUUCUGACUGAUGCCCUAGUAUCGUGCCGCCCUCAUUGUCUCGGUGUCGCUUGGGCAGAAGUUCAAGGGUCAAGUCGAACCGGGCGACUGAGAAAGUACCCAUCGAAUAUGGACCAGAUGACCUGUUGUGUUGUUGCAGGCCGAAUGUCUGACACCAAUUUUGGACCAAUCUGCGCGGUUCCGAAAAGACUCCCGAAUGUUCCGGAGCCUUCCAUUGCCAGCAGUGGGCAGCUAGAGCCUUCCGAAGCAGUCUGAAGCUGUCAGAUGUUAUUACAGGAUCCUUCUUCCUUAAUCCUUAAAUAAUUUUCUAUUUUAGUGCUGUAUUGUAUCCAUGUAUCCCUAUUGAGUGGCAUUUCCGGCGCAAAAUAUUGUGCUUUUGAUGGCAUAAAAUUCAAAUGAAGCAACCUUGCCAGCGAACCAGGCAAGCGACGAACCCUUUUUUGAGCGUAAAACGGCCAUUGGCACCGGCAUCCAUGCAUUUUGGCAGCUUGGAUGCUGCUCACAUUCUCAAGACCCAGCAUCAAAUGCGUCCAAAUGCAUCUCCUUCUAGCUUCCCAAUCAUCCAAUACAGCGGAAUUAACUCCCGCUCCAAACGCCCUGCAGUGAUAGUGUCACAAAUGUAGCCCGAGCAGUGGUGAGCAUGAAUCUCGCGUGCUGGAGGAAAAUCAAGAUUUUCCACCACGAGAUUGGGAGAGAAAAUUUCAUCUCGCCUCCUUGUGUACCGUCCCGCAGAUUUUGGGCUUUGGAGAGAAGAGCCCGAGAGAGAGAGAGCGAGAGAAAGAGCAAGAGAAGCCAAACACAAUCUCAAUGGCAAUGCGCAAAGAGGACGAAAGAUGGAAAUCGUUGUGCUCUCCUAUAGUCUAGGUGGGCUGUGGUGGCUGGCGCACACACAGGCCCAGUGACAGCAGCAGCACCAACACACGCUCGCGAACGGGCGCAUCAACACACACACAGACAGACACGUAGAAGAGAGUCAGCGGCGAAUGGAAAAUUUUGCACCGCGCCACUGUGGUGUGCCGUUACUCCCAAGACGUCAGAGUCGGGUGCGUGCGUGACACGAGAGCGGACACGGCAAAUGCCAUCCAGUGCGAAAAGGGGGUUGCGUGCGUUCGUUGCGGCACGGCGGGCCGUUCGUGCGUGUGUGUGGUGUGAUGGUGUGAUAAGAGGCGUAGUUGGACAGUGAAAAUCACACAUUUUUCCACUGGGUCCUAGUGGGCUUUGCUGCUGUGGGAAAGGCAAGAAACAGUGCACGUAGUGUGUGUGAGUGUGUGUGUGUGGGUGUGUGCAGUUGCCGGGAAAAAUUUCCUGUCGCUUUAACCCAAUGGUCGAAAAAGCAAUUGCAGACGGAUUGUGUCUCUGCGUUUUUUGCAAGGAAAAUAGUGAUCCUCUUGUGUGAGGAAAUUAAUUAUUUAAAAAAACAACCAACUCCUGCUAUUACUUGUGUCGUGCAACAAAAAAAAAACAAAAGGAAGGAGAGCAAAAAAGAUCCUUGGUGAACCAGUAUUGGACGCGUGCAAGUGGUGAUAGGCCCCCCCCCAAACAUUAAACUGGCCUGCUGGGGUUGUUGACCGUAACAGGCAAAACAGCGAAAGAGAGCAAAGGAACCACAUCAAUGCAUAGUGAGGAUGAUCUAAUUGCUCGAGCACACAACCACCAUCAGCAGCAGCAAACGACACAGCAGAUCACGACCAUCACGAAGGUCGUGCGGGAGGUGAAGCAGUUGGGACCGGAUGCUGGACAACCGUUCGACUAUGUAGCAAUGCCUCUAGACAUGGGAACCGACGGUCAACCGAUCGACUACGUGUCGAUGCCGAUGGGUAUGUACACGACCCGGACGCAGUACUUGAACUUCAACCACAUGGACCAGCCGGAGCAGAUGGUGGGUGGGGCCGGCGGUGGUCCACCCGUCCAGCAGUCGGCGCACCUGCCGCCGGGCGCCAAGGUGAUGGCCGGCGGGGGACCGGGAAUGCCCGGUGCGAUGGGAGGCGGCGGUGGCGGCGGCGGCCAAGGACACUACCAGGACUACGAGCAUUACGCGCAGUACACGGACGCCGGGUACGAUCUCGGGCAGGCGGCACACCAUCCCGGCCACGCGCAGUCCUAUCUCGGCGAGUAUCAGAUGAACGACCGCUCCAACACGCCGCACACGUCGAGCGAGAACAGCGAAUCGUCCAUCCCGAUGCCGAUGGGGGUGGCGCAGAUGGGCGGCGGCAACCCGUCGGCCGCCGCGCUGAUGGCGGGCCCGGGCGGCUACCUGCAGGGGCAGUACGACGAGAUGGGCGAGUACGUGAUUGCGCCCGGGCAGGGUGGCCCGGUCGAUCGGCUCUACCCGGACAACCCGUCCGCCAUGGUGUACGGGUACGUGUCGACCCCGCCGUACGGCACGAUCAGCUCGCACAUGGACCCGAACGGGGGCGUAGAGCCGACGUACGCCACCAAGCAGCAGCUGGCGUACGAAGCGGCCACCGCCCAACAGCGAGCCGGAGGAGGCGUUGGCGGCGGCGUAGUAGGAAACGUAGCGCCCGACGGGUCGUGCUACUACGACGGCGAGGACGAUCUGCACCAGCAGCUGUCGAACCUGCAGAUACAUAAUCACGUGUUUUUACAGCACAUCAUCACGUCGCCGGGCGGCAACAAUCGGCCGGGCGUGAGCGGGGCCGGCGGGCCCUCGAAUGGGGCCGGCGGCGGGGGCGGCGGCAUGCCGGACGGGAGCGGCGGCGGGAUGGAUCUGGACGAGCAGCGGCAGAUGAAGUGGCGCGACCCGAACCUGACCGAGGUGAUUGGCUUCCUGAGCCACCCGAACAACGCGAUCAAGGCGAACGCGGCCGCCUACCUGCAGCACCUGUGCUACAUGGACGACCCGAACAAGCAGCGGACGCGCACGCUCGGCGGCAUCCCGCCGCUGGUGAAGCUGCUCGGGCACGAGAACACCGACGUGUUUCGGAAUGCGUGCGGCGCCCUGCGCAACCUGUCGUACGGGCGGCAGAACGACGAGAACAAACGUGCAAUUAACGCGGCGGGCGGCAUCCAGGCGCUGAUCCACCUGCUGCGCCGGACGGCCGAGUCCGACAUCAAGGAGCUGGUGACGGGCAUCAUCUGGAACAUGUCGUCCUGCGAGGACCUGAAGCGGUUCAUCAUCGACGACGCGGUGCUGGUGAUCGUGUCGUACAUCAUCAUCCCGCACUCGGGCUGGGACCCGACCAACCCGGGCGAAACCUGCUGGAGCACGGUGUUCCGCAACGCGUCCGGCAUCCUGCGCAACGUCAGCUCGGCGGGCGAGUACGCGCGGAAGAAGCUGCGCGAGUGCGAGGGGCUGGUCGAUUCGCUGCUGUACGUGAUCCGGAUAGCGAUCGAGAAGUCGAACAUCGGCAACAAGAUCGUGGAGAACUGCGUGUGCAUACUGCGCAACCUGUCGUACCGCUGUCAGGAGGUGGAGGACCCGAACUACGACAAGAACCCGAUCCCGCACCACGGCUCGGACGGGGGCAUGAGUGGUGGCAGCGGUUCGCACGGCGGUGGCUCGAUCGUGGUGAGUGCGGCCGCUGCGUCGUCCAAGGGCGAAAAUCUGGGCUGCUUCGGGGCGAGCAAAAAGAAGAAGGAACAGCAGGCAGCGGCAGCGGCCGCGCAGCAGCAGGCGGCCGCCGACAAGGACCACUCCAGCGCGAACGGCGACCCGUCGAGGAUGGCGUACAAAAACACUGCUCACUAUAAAGGAGCGGAACAGCUGUGGCAACCGGACGUUGUACAUUCUUAUCUUGCCUUACUGCAGAGCUGUUCGAACCCGGAGACGCUCGAGGCGGCGGCCGGUGCGCUGCAGAAUCUGGCCGCCUGCUACUGGCAGCCGAGCAUAGAGAUCCGGGCGACCGUGCGCAAGGAGAAGGGUUUGCCGAUCCUGGUCGAGCUGCUGCGCAUGGAGGUGGACCGGGUGGUGUGCGCGGUAGCGACGGCCCUGCGCAAUCUAGCUAUCGACCAAAGAAACAAGGAGCUGAUCGGGAAGUACGCGAUGCGCGACCUGGUGCAGAAGCUACCGUCGGGCAAUCCGCAGUGCGACCAGGGCACCUCGGACGACACGAUAGCGGCGGUGCUGGCCACGCUGAACGAGGUGAUCAAGAAGAAUGCCGAGUUCGCGCGGUCGCUGCUGGAUGCGGGCGGCGUCGAGCGGCUGAUGAACAUGUCGCGGCAAAAGUCCAAGUACACGCCGCGCGUGCUCAAGUUCGCCAGCCAGCUGCUGUUUACCAUGUGGCAGCAUCAGGAUUUGCGCGACGUGUACAAGAAGCACGGCUGGAAGGAGCAGGACUUUGUGACGAAGACGAUCGCGUCGCGCAACCUGAACAGCAGCAAUGGCGGGGCGGGCGGCAGCUACAGCGACAACUCGCCCAACUCGCCGAACAACACGCUCAACCGUCCGAUGGCGUCGCAGAGCGGCACGCGGUACGAGGACCGCACGAUGAAGCGGCAGCAGGCGUCCUCGUCGGCGAACAACGGUGGCCAGGCCAUGUCGUUACCACCGGGCGACGGUACCAUCAAGAUGGGAAGAUGAACAAACAUGCCAGCUGCCAGCGAAUACCGAUAGCUCUCCACUGGUGAGGAGAUCGCAAUUUUAGAGAAAACCGGGCAAAACUCUGUCUGUUUGAAUGGAGGAUAUAUUAAUGCUUAGACCGACGAUCCCCCCCGCCACAACAUACACACGGGUGACGACGGCUGGUACAUGAUGCCACCGGAUGGAGUUCGUAGCUGCUGUUGCUCUGCUGAGGCAGCAACCUCUGAAACGAUCUUUUUACGCAUAGAAAGCUACCACAUAUAAUGACAGCACAGCGCCACAAGCCCCAUCUUUGGUGCAGCAAACAGGAGAGAGAGGAAACACAAUGUGCAGCAGUGGUGGACACGACGACGCCCCGUUGCAAGCCUGGCGCAUAGGAUAUGAUUUUCGAUUAUUGCACUAGCUUCCAAACACACUCUCUCUCUCUCUUUCUAUCUCACUCUCUUCAACUCUCUAUCUCUCUCUCUCUCGACGUACACUUAUACUGACAACAUCCUAAGCUACCUACAGACAUACAACACACGACGCUCCAAUAUUUCUUCAUUAUUACCCACAAAGUAUAGGCUGACAGCCACGCGUCACACCACCUAGUAGUAGUAGCAGUAGUAGCAGCAGUAGUAGUAAUAAUAAUAGUAGGGUAGCUAGAGAGUCAGCUGACUAAGGUCGAUAUAAUAGUGUGUACAGCAAAAGCGGAUCAUCCAAUCGGUAGUGCUCCUCUUCCUCAAUUGGUUUCUCGAUGAAAACAUUCGUUUUUGCGCGUAGUGGAGGCAUGGAAUUGUCCGGGAGAAAAAUAGUAACUUACUAAGGAGGAGGUCUGUGUGCGCCCGGAUGCUUGUUGUUACAAUACUAAGGAUCACGCUCUGUCGCCUUGUCACUAUUUGUACGGUGCUCGUUAGGUUUGCCCUUGCAAUUCUUUUCAAUUUAAAUUGAAUUUAAAUGGUUGCAUUUGUACUGUUACUACAAACGCUACUACUUCCCCCCACCCUUCCAAUAGCGCACACACACAGCUAAGCGUUUACUUGUCGAACUUCAAUCAAUUCGAAUUCGGCUAUUCGGUUGAUGGCUAAUAGGAAUGCAAAUGUGCAGAAUAUAAAGCUCUAUAUUCGAUGGACUAUUUAAACAAAUCACAACACUGGUUUCCUUAGCCGAGCAUCAUCUCCGCCAUCAUCGACGCUCUUUUCUAUGCACUGAUGUUAUUUAAAAGAUCUUCGUUUUGGUGAUUCCAUGGCUAGAGCGUCACUCUCUUUUGCUGCGUAGGUGAAGGGCAAUGUUAGUAAACUCAUCUUUCCAGUCUCUCCGUUGUUUUUGGUGUAAGACAGCAUGUUCGGGAAACGAUUUUGGCACUGGCAUUGCUAGUGUUUUCCUUCCGAUGUGCGAUCGGUUCAAUCAAGCCCACAGUGUCAUUCACUCAGACUAAUCUAAACUAUCUAUCAGUCUCUAUCAUACUCUACGUUCCCUUUCAUCGAUUGUCUUUGGCUCCCGUGUCUGUGUGUUGCCACGGCCAUAGCCGAAUCAGACGGGCAAAGGCAACGGUGAAGAAAAGGGGAUAAAAACAAGUCUUCUAUUGGACACCACAAUCUAGCCUGCGACUAUUAAACGUACUCACAACUAAACCCCACAGACAUCAUAGUGCUGGUAAUCUCAUCAUAACUUUACACCAUAAUUACCCCCGCGCCCGCAAAACAUCUAAUGAGAGAAAAGUGAAUAAGAGAUACGCCACAAAAAGGGAAGAGAAUGGGAAUUAGGACGGUACAAGAAACAAACUGAAAUUGAGUGCGUGUGUCUGUGCAUGUGUCUGCUGAACUGAACAGAAAGAGGGAAUCAUUACUCAACCACCUCCUCCAACCAACCUACGUUUAAAGCAAAACAUUCCUCAGCAACAUCAACAAAAAAAGGCGCAAAAACGUACAACCUUGUAUAAUCUCGUUUUCUUACCCGGGAUCUCUGCAUUAUUAGUAAGGCACGCUCUCACUGUAUGUAAGGAUGGCAUCGUAGUCGAUGGCUGCAAGGAAAAGGACCUUUGGAGAAUGACAGACACACACACAUACACACACAUACAUAAGAAAUUAAUCAAGCAUCGAAUCGCACGAAUCGCAUCCACCUCUACCCGGCACCUAUACUGGAACAUACGAAAUAAUCAUUCACGCCAUUUAAACAUUGCGUACCAUCUCUUAGCGCGACCAACCAAAAGGAUCAAUGUAAACUAUCACACACACACGCGCGCGCGCGCACGCACACAGAGACACGCAUAAUAACGAAGGCUGCUGGCGCAUGCAAGAAUAUAAGGGGAUUGAAUUUUUUCCACUUUGUGCGCGAUCGCGGUGAAGCAGAGAGAAUUGGGUGUGCGGGCGGAUUAUGUGGCGAAAAAGCAGACACGCAUUCCAAAAUGAACGCCGCAACAACAUACUAUUGUGUAGGACAUAUUUGCAUAUUUGCACACCACCAAAUCACAGAAAAAUCAGCUGAGCUAGAGAUAGAGAGAGAGAGAGAGAGAGAGAGAGAGAGAGAGAGAGAGAGAGAGAGAGAGAGAGAGAGAGAGAGAGCAAGAGAAGAAAUUUAGACCAUUCCUUUUGUACUCUGGUGUAGUGUGUGUGUGUGUGUGUGUGCAUGUGUGUACAGUCUCCUAACCCAUCUCCCAUCCCCCAUCCUAUUGGAAUGGAAAGGAACUGGAAGGAAGUUUACUGUUCGCGGUGUAGAUCCUGUUGGAUUACACUCCACGCAGGGCAAACACAAGCAAAACAAAACAACAUAUGUAUGGCACUCCGAUAUAUAUAUACAAGGCACGAAACGUAGAGCAUCUACUACAAAUCUCCAUUUUACUUCCUCGCUCGAAAGUAGUACGAAAAUUGAAAACAAACAAAAAAGAAAAAAACGAACAAGAAACAAGGGGCAGCAUGAGGGUGGAAGGACGAAGACAUAGAAACAAUACUAUACCUAGCUCAAAUAUAAUAUAAAUAUAGGCAUACAUAAUAGCGACAGGCAAAAGUAAUGGAAUAUUUGGAACAUGUACUAAAUACUAUCAUGUAAAACACGGGGACGCGGACGGGGACGGAUAAGCAAACAAAAAUAGGAUAAAUCUAGUAGCUCACUAUACAAAAAAUUCAUCCCACGGGGAAAGACAGUCGGGCAACAGUCAGAGGGGUGGCGUUUAUACAGCAAAUAACACUGUUACAAAGCGUUACACGCGUAAUGAUAAUGAUUGAUUCACAGACACACUCACACAACAAACAAUUGUGCAGCUUUCGGUUGGUGCUUUUCGUUUGGUGAUUGGUUUAUUGGAAUUUUUAAUUUAAACCAUUUAAAUCAUGCCUCGUGCGCUCUCAUUAAAAAUGCUCUCACCGAACAUGGCACAAGGGGAGAGCAAACACAUUGUGAGGAGGGAGAGUGGUAGCGAUGAGGGGGGGGGAGAGAGGAGUGUAGUAGGAAGAUUAGAUCAAGUAAGCAAAAAACAAAAACAAAAACAAAAAGAACAGGAAAGACAUGAAUGCAAAUGGAAAUGAAAUUUCUUCGAACGAUUUCUCUUCGCUCCUUCAAUUCAAAACGAAUCUGAAUGUAGAAUAUAUAAUGAUAAAAAAAAACACACAUAAUUAACACACACACACACACAAAAGAAGAAACUCCUCAUAAAAAAACGAAUUGUCGAAAGGAUGGGCGAAUGAAAAAUGAAGCAAAAAACUCCAAUACAUAAACUGGGUAGCAGGAAACGGAAGGAAUCUAAGCUCGUCUCGUGCGCAUAUUUGAAACCACAAUACCCACAAUGCUGUGAAAAACUAAUAUUGACUAGAACAGGCGCAUAACGCUACUGCUGAGGAUUAAAUACAACUGCACGCACCCAACAUACAGACAUACAGAGUGGCCGGAGGAAAAGGAAAAGCGGCGAAAAGAAAGGUCCGUCGGUGGGGUAGAACAAAUGUUAGAUUAGGAGUAAUUAUUAUACAAAUACCCAGACAGCGCAGCAAACCGGACUCAGCGGUUACGACGAAACUCUUGCGCUCAAAACCCACGUGUGUUUGUGUGUGGUACACGUGGUGCGCCCCUGCACGGUCGUAGUAAGCAGGGAAGCAGCACAUCCCUACCCUCCUCCCCGCUGGAAGUAUGACUUUUGGAGUGCAAGACAGGCUAGGGGAGCGAGGGAGGGGGGAGGGGGGCGGAAUAACAUACUUUAAAGAUUACACGAUUUUACGGUCAAUUUUAUCAUAUAAAAAAAUAUACACAAGAGAACAAAAA